GAAUGCAAUCGGAUUAUGCUCAGCCUUGUCACCUUGCCAGGAUACACAACAGUUCCCCUGCAUAUCACACACCUCGAACUAGAAGGUUUACAGCCAAGAGCAGGAAUGAGGACUAUCAUAUAGUGGCUGAGGCAACCGUCCCUUACGGUGCUGCUAAUCUCCCUCCCCCAGGCACCUCGUUGGGCCAUGCAGGCUCUAGCUUCGCGUACGUUAAACCAAAAAAAUUCACAGAUUGAUCACCACAAACCAAUCUAUGAUCUCAAACCCGGUGGUUGGACGCGCAUGAUAGCAAGCUGAUGUUAAUGCCUUUGUAAUGAUGCCAUCUCCUCCGAGUCCUUGGAUG